GUUGUGAGGGAUUGCAUUUGGGGUGCCAUGCCAGAGCCCGCCAAAUCUGCGCCUGCCCCUAAGAAGGGGUCUAAGAAGGCAGUGACAAAGACCCAGAAGAAAGGUGAUAAGAAGCGGCGGCGCAGCAGGAAGGAGAGUUACUCUAUCUACGUGUACAAGGUGCUGAAACAGGUUCACCCGGACACUGGUAUUUCUUCUAAAGCCAUGGGCAUCAUGAACUCUUUCGUCAAUGACAUCUUCGAGCGCAUCGCCGGCGAAGCGUCUCGCCUGGCGCACUACAACAAGCGCUCUACCAUCACCUCGAGGGAGAUCCAGACCGCUGUGAGGCUCCUGCUGCCUGGGGAGCUGGCCAAGCACGCCGUCUCCGAGGGCACGAAGGCUGUCACCAAAUACACCAGCUCCAAGUAAUGCGGCCGCGCUCGGUGCAGCUUCAACCCAACGGCUCUUUUCAGAGCCACCCACUUCAUCCGGAAGAGCUGAUACCACUGCGUUACCCUUUCCUGUGAGGUUUAGGGAGCUGAGCCCUUUGUGUACCGCGUAGGGGGCGCCAGGCACUUCAAAGCUGUCUUUAAAACUGAUAAUUCUCCUGCUUUUUAACGAAAAACGCUCUUUCCCGGCCGCCCGCAGCCAGCCCCGGUCACGUCACUUGCGCGGCCGCUUUCCCCUUCAAACAGUUGCUGCGCCCUGAUUGGAUGAGCGCGAACGUCACGGGGAAGGGGUGGUCCGCGCGCAGGCGAGGCGAAGCGCGGUUUUCCCUCUGGUCUGCAACAGGUACUAUAUAAAUCCUGUGUUUGAGGCUUGGACCAGUCAUUGGCAGGGUGGGUGGGAGCGGUGUUUGGUUGCGUUUCGGCCCGCGGAGUGCUUUGUCUGUCUUUAGUGUUUAUCUGUACUGCUUCUACGCUUUAAUAAAGGAAGUUAAAGUUUGAAUGUAAA